AUGACCAAAAAAAAUAAUACUGUUGUUUCAUGGUUUGUUCAAUCAUAUUAUAAACCAUGUGCCGCCACUGCUAUACUAUCAGAACCAAUUAUUGAUCAAACUCAAAGUUCAAUGACCUUGUGUAAAGUACUCUUAUAUGGUUUGAAACCAAGUGAUAUUAACUAUAGUAGUAAUGAUAAACUAUUUGAAAUACCGUUUGAACGCCAACAACAGCCACCAAAUUCAUUAUCUACAACAUUAUCGAUUCAUCGGACAGAAAGUACAUCAACGCCAGAAACUGAUUAUCUCAAUUUGCACAUUAAACCAUUGUCAACACCAACAAAUUCCCGUUCUUUAUUCAAUAAUGAUACUGCUCAUGAAUCAAGUCCAAUACGUGUGAUAAUUUGUGAAACAUCUCGUGGACGUCAUCGUAUUUGUGUUUCACAAACAUUAUUGCGUACACAUAACAGUCAUGUUUAA